UCAAUAAUCCCGCAGGUGUUUCUCACUAAACACAUUCACCUCUAGAUGGCGCUGUUUGUCGAGGAAUCAGAUUUACUGGCUCGUCUCUCCCACUAAAACUAUAUGUGAACAUCUCCCUCUAGUGGCGCAGAUCAUGAUCGCAUCCUCAGGUGGCUCGGAGCAGAUUGUUCUGUUAUUGCUGUGCAUUUCUCAUGUAGUGUAAAACGGUAAACUGAGAUGGAGUGAAUUAUUUUUUAUGGACUGAUAUACAGACAUUUUAAAGGGGUCAUAUUAUGAGAUUUUUUAAGAUGUAAAAUAAAUCUUUUGUGUCCACAGAGUGCCUAUGUGAAGUUUAGCUCAAAAUACCCCACACAGAUAAUUUAUUAUAACAUAAGUAAAAGCGGAUAAACGUCGCUCUUGAAUCGUGACAGAUAAAACUCAGAGUUUCAGACAAAUUCUUCUUACAAAACUGAAUGCGGGACGGAUGAGAAACCAACAUUUGCAAUAGUGGUGAGUUUAUAAAGGGUUAUGUUAGGAUGUGUUGUCAUGUCAUUAGAUGUGGAUGAGUCUAAUGACACAAAGCGAAGAUGUGUGUACAGUAAAUACAUAUACUGUAAAUAUCUAUUUCAGGUAAAUCAGCUUGUUAGGCAGGUCUUUAUGCAGUAAGUAACUCAAAACAGAUUGGAUUAGUUAAUUCUAAAAAGUGAACUGACACUCAGCAUCAAGUCUUUCUUACGGGAUGCACAUUUAUAAUAUUAUACAGCAGAUACAUAUUUCUUGGUAAGUUUUGUGAUCUUUAUAAUGAUAUUAAUUGUAACAUAUACAGUAUGCCUUAGAUAUUAUAGUUAUAUGUUGUAAUUGCUUAAUUUUUCUUGUGACAGUUUACUGGAAAGUAUAUAAAAAUCCCACAUCAGUGGUAAUAAUGAGAUUUACUUUCCUUGAUAAAAUAAUAAGAGUCUGGCUGAGUAGCUGUACAAAUUCUAACUUUAAAAAUCAGACAAAUGCAGUUGUGUUGGUGAAGGAGAAAAGUAGCUGUCAGUCACAAUUAGAGCUUUUUAAUCUCAAAUCUUUUUUUGUCUGUAAUGUAUGUGCAUUCUUUGUUGAUUAAACAUAUAUGUAUUUGUGUUUGGUCAACAAUUUCUGUGGGUGACACUGAAUUUAUGUACAAAUAGGAUAUAAAAACUCAGCAAGGUCUAUUUCUGCAGCAAAGUCAUCACUAUAAACACAAAUAUUCUAUUUCACAUCAAUGUACAGAUGGAAUCCAAAUGAGUAUAUCUGCUAUAUGUACAUGUUUAAAGUUAACUGUUUAUGUGCAGGUGUAAUAGUUACAGAGAUAAAGAAGAGAAACACAGCAUCUAAAACUGAACUCUGUAUGAAGAGUGAGGAGGGGCACCACUUUAAAAAUGAGUCUUGAUAUAAAGAUGAAGGAGGACACAGAAACAUCUUCAGUGCUCAGUUGUGUGUCUAUGAAGAGUAAUGAAUCAAUGCAUCUAGUUCCCCCUAAUCUCAGUGAUAAAGCAAUGACCUCUGACCUCAGGCAGCUCUGCACAGAACCAAACCUGCUGGAGGAGACUGAAGACCUUCAUCAGCAUUCUCAUGAACCAGUAGAUGAUGUUCUGCAGAGAGUCAAAGAUCAACACAAAACCAUCAUGAAGAACAAGUAUGAGAGUUUAUUUGAGGCAAUUAAACUCCAAGAGAAUCAAACUCACCUGAAGAGGAUUUACACACAACUGUACAUCAUAGAGGGAGAGAGUGAAGGAGUGAAUGAAGAACAUGAGGUUUUACACAUGGAGAAAAACACCAGAACACAACACUUACAAGACACAACAAUCUACUGCAAUGACAUCUUUAAACCCUUACCUGAACCAGAAUAUAAAACUGAGAAAAGAAGAGAGAGGAAAGACAAAAUCAAGAGCGUUCUUACUAAAGGCAUCGCUGGAAUUGGAAAAACCGUCUCUGUACAGAAGUUCAUUCUGGAUUGGGCAGAAGGAACGGCCAAUCAGGAUGUAGAUUUCAUGUUUGUGCUUCCGUUUCGAGAGCUGAACUUGAUUCAAGAUGAUCAGUACAGUCUUCACAAACUUCUGCUUGACUUUUAUCCUGAACUUCAAGAUCUGGACUCAAAGAUUUAUGAUGAGUGUAAAGUUGUGUUCAUCUUUGAUGGUCUGGAUGAAAACAGAAUGACACUGAUGUUUUCAGAUGCUAAGAAAGUUUCUGAGGUGACUGAGACUUCAUCAGUGCCUGUGUUGAUAGCAAACUUCAUAAAAGGAGAUCUGCUUCCUUCUGCUUUCAUCUGGAUCACCUCCAGACCAGCAGCAGCCAAUCAGAUCCCAUCUAAAUACAUCAACCGUCUCACAGAAAUACAGGGAUUCAAUGACGAUCAGAAGGAGGAAUAUUUCAGGAAGAGAAUCAGUGAUGAACAUCAAGCCAGCAGAAUCAUCUCACACGUCAGAAGAUCAAGAAGUCUCCACAUCAUGUGUCACAUACCAGUCUUCUGUUGGAUCUCAUCCACUGUGCUUCAAAACAUCCUGAAACAAGACAAUGAGAGAACAGAAAUCCCUAAAACUCUGACUGAAAUGUACAUCCACUUCCUGCUGAUUCAGAUGAAUAUGAAGAAUGAGAAGUAUGAUGAGAGAGAUCCAGAGAAACUCCUGCAGUCCAACAGAGAAGUGAUUGUCAAACUGUCUGAACUGGCUUUCAAACAGCUGAUGAAGGGUAAUGUGAUGUUUUAUGAGGAGGAGCUGAGAGAGUCUGGCAUAGACAUCACUGACGCCUCAGUGUAUUCUGGGAUUUGUACUGAGAUCUUUAAGGAGGAAUCUGUGAUGCAUCAGAGGAAAAUCUACUGCUUCAUACAUCUCAGCUUUCAGGAGUUUCUGGCUGCAUUUUAUGCGUUUUACUAUUAUGUCAUAAAAAAUGUCGACACAAUAAAGUUUCUUGAUGUUGUUCAUAGUCUGCACAGAAAGACCAUAGAUAAAGCUCUUCAGAGUGAAAAUGGACAUCUGGAUCUUUUCCUGCGAUUCCUGCUGGGCAUCUCACUGGAGUCCAAUCAGAGACUCUUACAGGAUCUACUGACACACACGGUGGACACCUCAGAAACAAUCAGGGAAACUAUUACAUAUAUCAAAGACAAAAUCAAGCAUGAACAGGGUCUCUCAGCUGAAAGAUCCAUCAAUCUGUUUCUGUGUCUUCUUGAAGUGAAUGAUCAGACUCUGUACAGAGAGAUUGAGGAGUUUGUGAGAUCAGACAAACACUCAGAGAAGAAACUCUCUGCUGCUCACUGUUCAGCAAUAGCCUACAUGCUUCAGAUGUCAGAGGAGGUGCUGGAUGAGCUGAAUCUGAAGAAAUACAACACAACAGAGGAGGGAAGAAGAAGACUCAUACCAGCUGUCAGCAACUGCACACGAGCUAUACUUGCUGAUUGUAAUCUCACUGCCAAGUCCGGUGAAAUUGUGGCUUCAUGUCUUCAAUCCUUAAACUCCUCUGUGAGAGAUCUGGACCUGAGUAACAAUGACCUGCAGGAUUCAGGAGUGAAGCUCAUCUCUGAUGCUCUCAAGAGUCCAGACUGUAAACUAGAGAUAAUGAGAUUAUCAGGUUGUAUGGUGACAGAUGAAGGUUGUUGUUAUUUGGCUUCAGCUCUGAGUUCAAACCCAUCAUCACACCUGAGAGAGCUGGAUCUGAGCUACAAUCACCCACAACACUCAGGACGGCAGAUGCUCUCUCAGUGUACACUGGACAAACUCAAUUUGGAUCACGGAGAGCCUAUCCGGAUUUCAACAGGACUAAAAAAAUAUGCCUGUGAUCUCACACUGGAUCCAAACACAGCAUACAACCAUCUCAUACUGUCUAAGGACAACAGAAAUGUGAAACAUGUUGAUGAUCCACAGCCGUAUCCUGAUCAUCCAGACAGAUUUAAAGAUAUUUGGCAGGUUCUGUGUAAAGAGAGUUUGACUGGACGCUGUUACUGGGAAGUUGAAUGGGAUAACUGGACUCGUAUAGCAGUGACAUAUAAAGAAAUCAACAGCAAAACAGUGAAAAGUUUGUUUGGGCUUGAUGAAAAGUCCUGGUGUCUUUUCUGUACUGAUGAAGGAUUUACCACCUGGCACAAUACUAAGAAAACAGACAUACCUCCUCCUUCACUUCCAUCUAAUAGAGUAGGAGUUUAUCUGGACUGGUCAGCGGGCACUCUGUCCUUCUACAGUGUCUCUGAUACACAAACACUCACACACUUACACACAAUCAACACAACAUUCACACAACCUCUGUAUGCGGGAUUUACGAUUCGUUACAGAGCAUCUCUGUGUCAGAUUGUGAGCAAUCAUUCAGAGCAGGCAGCUUAGCAAAUAGUAACAAAAACUAGGGUUCACAUGUGGUCUUUUAAAAGUACUUCUGUAAAAAGAAAUGGCCUAUUUAAUUUGUCAGUAUAGCAAGUACCCAGAUAGCAUGCAAACCAUUGAAACAAUGUUAAAAACAGUUGAUUUGUCAAUGUUAACUGCAUUGAUUCAAUAUAAGGUUUGCACCCUCCAUUAAUAUUGAAAAAAGAUUGAGAUUUCAACAAAUUGCCAUUAUUGUGAUCAGUGUUUGCUUUAGUUGGGUCCUUGACUCAUGACAUUCACUAAGUUAAAUCUUUCUUUUCUUAUUUUUGUGUUUGUAUGUGUUUAUGUAGAAAUACAUGUGCAAUGGAAAAGAAAGAUGUGUUUCAAAGUUAAGUUGAAACUUGCUUUUUGUGAAGAAGUCAAGAUUAUAUAAAAUUAAGCUGCUUUACAUGAUUAUGUUGAUCCAUUUUUGACAUUUAUAAUUGUUUUGAUUUGUAAAUACACUGUGACAAGACAAACAGAAAGAUUGCUGACACCUUCAGACAUCAUUACUCAUCCUACAAAUCUCAACAAUGGUGACAAUCAUCAAACAAAUUCAUAUAAAACGAUCAACUGCAAUGCAUGCUGGGAGUUAUAAAUUUGUUUAGUACUAUGAUGAUACCCAGCAUGCAUUGCAGCAUGAAGCUUUCUUUUGUUGAUCAUCACCAUUGAUGAGAUUCAUAGACCGAUUCAUGAUGUCAGAGAUAGAUUGGGUACAGUAGUUUAACUUUUUAAAUGUGUUUUUGUAAUCCUCAAAAUAACAGACCUGACACUGUCUCCAACUAGUACUGUAAAAUUAUUUUUUUGCAUACAUUUUUCUCUGCUACAUCAACAUUGACAGUAAAAAAUUGCUUUGUAUGUUAUGUUAUAAGUUAUGUUCUUGUUUGUUCAUUACACCUCUGUUUUGUAAGGUUUAAAACAGAGUUCCUAUACUUUUCUUCAGUGUCAUGCUUAAUUGUGAGUGUUUGUUGUAAUGUGGGGAGAGGAUUUUUUCUCUGUGGUGCGGUUGCGCACGUU